CCUCUUCCCUAAUCCGAAUCUCCUCCUGUGCUCAACAGUGUCUGGGUCAAAAUGGCCGUGGAGAAGCGCCUGGGGUUCGCUAUUGUGCAGUUUUUACGAGACCAAACUCAUCGCAGUGCUUUAAAUUCUGAUGAGCAAGAGAGCCUGGAGGUUGCAAUCCAGUGCUUGGAGACUACCUUCAAGAUCAGCUCCAGUGACUGCCAUCUCGCUGUAUCCCAGCCACUCAGAGAGAUAUUCCUCAACGCUCUGCUCAAGAACGACAACCUCACCGUACCAGAGACGUCCCCGUCUCCUGAAGACAUAGAACGGGCGGAGCAACUUAAAAAUGAAGGGAACAACCACAUGAAGGAGGAAAACUACAGAUGUGCAGUUGAAUGCUACACAAAGGCCAUAGAUCUGGACCUAAGAAACGCUGUGUAUUACUGCAACAGAGCUGCUGCUCACAGUAAACUGGGUAAUUAUACUGAGGCGACUGGAGACUGUGAAAGAGCCAUUGGGAUUGACCCAACCUACAGCAAAGCGUAUGGGAGGAUGGGUUUCUUGCAGGACUGGUGACCUGUCCAGGGUGUAACCUGCCUCUUCUCCAUUGACCACUGGAGAUAGAUGAAGUUUCUUGCAACCCUGUUGACUACUUCCAAAAAA